AUGAAUUUAACAAUACUCAUCAACGUUCCAAAAGAAUACUCGUCAAAUCUCCGUAUAAUUCUCACAGUUAUCUUCGUUAUCAUUGCUGGAAUUGGUUUAUUCGGCAAUAGUCUUGUUUUCCUUUCGAUAGCAACUAACCGAUUGAAAUUUCGUCAUUCACCAACAAAUCUUCUUCUUGUUAAUAUGUCUUGCGCAGAUCUACUGAUUCUUGUUUUUAACAUCUUUGACAUUGCACAGUUUGCGCUGGAUGAUAAUUGGCCAACCGCUUGGCAUCUUGGUUUGUUUAUGUGUAAAAUCGUUCGAUUCAUUCAAGUAUUGGGCUGCUAUGUUAGUGUACAAACACUACUGAUUAUUAGCAUUGAAAGAUAUAUUGCUAUUAUUCAUCCCGUCAAAUCUUCUCAAAUUAAUCGUCGUCGACGUGUUUGUUGCAUAUUUAUUUUAAUAUGGUCCAUAGGGUUUCUUGCUGCUAUGCCAAAUCUUUAUCUACUUCAAUUGCAUUCGUUUUUCAAUCGCCCGCAUUAUUUUAUAUGUGGUUUGUCAGAUGAUCGAGCAGAUGCACAUUUCAUUAUGUUCUAUAAAUAUACCGAGUCCGUGUUCUUCUUCUUUUUACCAGCCGUUGUACAAACGGUUGCCUACAUGUUUAUUUGCUAUAAAAUCUUUUUGGUCGAUCGCGUUGCCCAAGCCCACUCUUUCGUCCAGCACACGCAAAAGACAAAGAUCUCUGCUGUCCAUCAUCAAUAUUCGCAUUUCAAACUAAGUUCUUCCUUUCCGUCGCCAAUCAAUGCGAUUGUGUCAACAACGUCAUCACCGCGUUCUCCCACUCAUAUUAUUACAACGACAACUACUCACGGAAACAUCGCACGUAAAAAAGCAGUGAUUAUGUUAGUCAUCAUUGCUAUAUUUUAUUUUAUCUCAUUUUCGCCAACUCAAAUUAAUUUCAUCUAUACCCAAAUGAAUCAAUCGCAUCAUCUGUAUGAAUAUCGCUUGUUUUUCGUCAUAACUAUUCUAUUAGCACUAUCAUCAACUGCGAUCAAUCCGAUUUUAUUUUACAUAUUCAACAACUUUUUUCGUUAUAACUUCAAUGUUUUAUUACGUUGUAUUUGCCCACGGUGUCGUUUGUCAUCGAACAUACAUCAGAAUAUUCCUAUGAUUUAA